GUUGGUGGGAGAAUGGAGGUUAGUGCACACGCACCAUGCAAGAACUAGUAUUUAUUCCCCCGCUAAUCUCCAACACCAACGCACAAUCAACAGUACUAUUUCCACUGGCGAAACCCUAGCAAAACUAGACAGCUAGCUCCUGAAACAUGUCCACACAACUACUUCUAACCUUCCUUUACCUAGCCAUCUUCCUAUGCUACUCUCUUCUCAGAAACAAGAACUCACUGCUCUACCAAUGGCCAUUGCUAGGAAUGCUCCCUAGCCUCCUCGUCAACGUGCGCGCACUCCACGACUUCAUCACAGAAGGUUUGAGGCGAGCCGGGGGAACGUUCCUUUUCAAGGGGCCUAGCUUCAUCAACGCCGACUACCUGGUCAUGAGCGAUCCCGCCAACAUCAACCAUAUCUUCAACAAGAACGCCGCCAACUACGACAAGGGCCACGACUUCAAGGCCAUAAUGGAGGCUCUGGGCGACGGGAUCUUCAAUGUGGACGGCGACUCGUGGAAGUUACAGAGGAAGCUCCUCCAUUCUUUGUUGAACAACUCCGAGUUCGAGGGUCACUCCACGCAGAUCCUCACGCAGAAGAUGAGGAGCACCCUUAUGCCGGUCCUCGACAGAGCAGCGAGGAGGAGGACGACGACGGAGGAGAACAACCAGUUGGUGGACUUACAAGACGUGUUUAAGAGGUUCAUGUUCGACAACAUGUGCCUGUUGGUCUUGGGAUUCGACCCUCAUUACCUCCCCGACGUUGGGUCCGACGAUGGCGGCAGGCUCCCUGAUUGUGAAUGUGGCAAGGCAUUCGACGUGCUGGAGAGGGUGGCGAUCUACCGACACAUAGUUCCCGUAUGCCUGUGGAGGCUUCAGCAUCGGCUUGGCAUUGGAAUCGAGGGGGAGUGCUUUCGAGCUUGGAGCACCCUAGAUCAGUUCUUGUAUGGUAGCAUCAAGAGGAAGAAGCAAGAAUUAGCGACGAAGCACUCCGUUAGCAAUGAUGUGCAUGAAAGAAAAAAGUUGGAUUUGCUGACACAAGUCUUGGUCAUGAAAGAUGAGGAUGACGGUGCUGACGGAAAAAUCAUUGAUAAAAAAUCUGACAGGUUUCUAAGGGACAUUACAUUAACGUUAAUCGCAGCCGGGAGAGACACCAUCACUGCCUGCCUUACUUGGGUGAUAUGGUGUGUGACGAACCACCCCGCUAUUGAGAAAAAGAUUCUCAAAGAGCUAAGACAAGUGAUGGCAGCUCGACUGCUGUCAAGUGAUAUUGAUGGAGAAGAAAGAGGAGGAUUUUUCAGAAAUGACGAAUUAAACAAACUUGUGUACCUUCAUGCAACCAUUUGUGAGACACUGAGGUUGUACCCACCUGUACCAUUCGAGCACAAGUGUGCCGUGGAGGCAGAUGUCCUUCCAAGCGGGCACACGGUACGUAAAGAAGAGAGGAUAAUAUUCUCCAUAUACGGCAUGGCCCGGAUGGAGGAGAUAUGGGGAGAGGACUGCUUGGAGUUCAAACCAGAGAGGUGGAUUUCUGAGAAAGGGACAAUACUACAUGUCCCGUCGUACAAGUUCAUGACCUUCUUGGCUGGAGCAAGGACAUGUUUGGGGAAGAAUAUGUCAUUCACGCAAGUCAAGUCCCUGGCUAGUGCUCUCCUUUGGAACUACAAGUUCGAACUUAUAGAUGAUGGUCCCUAUGGAAGGCCAACGAUUAGCCUGGUGUUGUUUAUGAAAGAUGGGUUGAAGACGAGAGUAUCCAAGAGAGACCACUGAGAAUAAUAUUGUUCUUGUUCAUGUUGCUUUCUUAAUAUAUGUUUGUUGUGGUCUAGUUGAAGUGCUUAAUCAUUUGUCAGUAUGUCUAGGGCUUAAUGAGUCGUGUGAGGUCUACUUCUUUUUAUAAUUUGUUUUGUCCAUGUGUUUUAUUAUCUGGGGAGGAACUAGCUAGGUUCCCUAUGGCUAUGCUAUUCUUGUGAGUGUUGUUGUACUCUUUGAUUGUUAUCAUUUUAUAUAAGUCAACAUGAGAUAUCUAAGAAUUGAAUGUUCAA